AUGAAGUCCACAACGAUCCUGUUGGUUGGGCUCAUAUUAUUCAUGGCCGCCAUACUAGCGGUCUCUCUCCCUUACGACAAACGUUCUGCGGACCCCAAUGCUGAACCGGACCCCAACGCUGAACCCUAUUACUACUAUCAUAAAUAUUACAAGUAUGAAUCCAAAUAUCACCACAAGCGUUCCGCUGAACCUGAAGUCGAGCUUCAUAAGCGUUUCGCCAAACCCGUGCCAUUAGAACUGAAGCUGACCAAUGCUUUGGCAACUAUGAUCGAAUGA